AUGGAGAAUAAAACCCAAGCCGGUAUUGCAACUGAUGGCAAUGGCCUAGAGGCCACGUCGUCUGCCAACCAGCUUCCGAUCUCGCAUUAUGGCAGCUCCCUUGCUUGGCGUUCGGCCAAGGAACGCCUCCGCUUGGAUUUCAAGAAGUUCCAGUCCGAUGCGCACCACCUAGAGUGUUCCGAUUCUUUCGCCCUGCCAAAAACCGAGGCGGAGUUCGCCGGCCUCAUGGCAGACCUCCGCCUGGCCCAGGCCAAAAGCCUAGCUAGAAAGGCAAAUCAGUUGGAGGAGGACCAUGUCAUGCUCAACAACUGCGGCGCCUCCACCGCCCCCAACCCCGCCGGAGCAUCCGGCCCCUCCUGGCCCCUGAAGCUCUUGGGCCGCCGCGGCCCACCCAUGGACGGACGGUCUACCAUAUUGGCCAUGCCUAGUUCGUUUAACAACAUCUGGACUUCUCCCACAGUCCCGGUCAACGAGCAGGUGGACUGGCCCACCGCCCAGGAGUAUGCCGAGGAGGGCGACAACCGCACCAGCAAGGGGGCCCUCCGCGCUCUCCCAGGCCCACGCCGAAACGACCUGGACGAGCGCGCAGUGAGCCAGUUCGGAAACACUCAAGUCCAGGGCCGGGAAAUCCCUUGGAAGAUGCGACAGACGGUGGGCGACCGUUGGGAUCUACAUGCACAUGAGCGGCAGCAGGAGAAGGUUAUCAUAACCCCUGACCAGGAGAUCCCCCUUGGCCAUGCCCCCGCCCAGAUCCGGGAGCUCAUUGCAGAGAUGAAAAAACAGUUCAACCUCGACGACUAG